AUGAUCAAAGUCGCAAUCGUUGGCACCAACGGGUUGGCUCAGUACAUUGCCAACAGUAUCGCGACACAGACCUCUCAUCAGUUCAUCAUCCUGUCUCGAAGACCUAGUCCAGGUUUGACAGCAAGAGGAUGGCAGGUGCUCCAAGUUGAUUACUCAAACCCUGCAGACCUCAAGUUCAAACUGGCCGGUGUCGACACUGUCAUCUCAACAGUCAGCGGCAAUGCUCAACUUGCUCUGAUCGAUGCAGCAGCGGCAGCCCACGUACGUCGCUUUGUACCCUCCGAGUUUGGUGGGCCUCCUUCUCUGCGUCCACAGAACGAUCUUCUUGACAACGGCCGUCGUGCAGCCAUUCUUCGGCUUCAUCAACAUGAACCUUCGGGCAUGCGGUUCACAGUCUUCACUUGCGGCGUCCUCUACGAGAGAUUCGCUCCAGGAGGCAUGGCGGCCUCACAGAUCGGUCUGCGAAGUAACAUCGGGCAGGAAGGGGACUAUCUGAUGGACUUCCGUCGAAGGCGGGCACAGGUCCCUUAUCUCAACAGCGCCGGACAGCCUGCUACAAUUUGCAUGACAUCGGCUGCUGAUGUCGCGAGGUUCGUGGUCGCCGCCCUGGACUUGCCUUCGUGGCCGAGAGAAUUCCGCCUGCGAGGCGAGCGACUGUCGGUACGAGAUGUAGUGGCCAUCGCUGAGGAAAUCCAAGGCCGGCCAUUUGAAAUCUCGGGCCAUACGAGGAGCUCGUUACAAGACGCAUUAACCUACGCCCGGGCCGUAGGAGACCAUGCGCGAGAGACUCGGGUUCAUCAUUUGAUCGCCACGGCCGAAGGGCGCUAUGAUUUUGUCAAUACCAACCUCAACCAGCUGGUGGGAGUCCGGCCAGAGAGCUUCCGCGACUGGCUUGUGCGUGUGUGGUCGUCAGCCACCUGA